AUGGGCUCGGUCGUACUCGAUGCCGUGAACUCCUUCUUCCACCCCUCGUCCAGCCAUUCCCAACACGACAUCUUCCGCGAAACACCACGUACGCAUAAUCAGAGUCCCCCGCCGAGUCGAAGCCGCACGCCGUCACGAUCAGAGGCACAUAUGUCCGAUUCGGCGCAGAGAGCACCUAGCUCGUCUGUCGUCGCACCACAUCAACGCGCUAGUCAGAGAGAUCAAGAUGCGCCCGCGCAGCAGGAUGCGCGCAAUCCAGCACAAGCGCAGCCCGCGCAGCGACCGCCGAGCCCUCCUUUAGGAGCACAAACCGAGCCUCCACCUUCAGAUGGACCUCAACCUGCGGCAGACCCAGCAGCAGAUCCUCGCACGCCAUCAGCGCGACCGAGGAAGAUCAAGGUUCGAGAUUUGGAGCACAUUCAAAGCUUCGCGACGGAGGACAUGCGAAGCUUUUCGGAGAUUCGAAGCAGGAGCCGAUCACGCUCACGCGGCGAGCGAGACGAUGGACCGCAAUAUGAGAUUAGUGAAAUGAAGGUGGAGCACAUUAUCGAGAUGGUGGCUGGUCUGUUGACCAAGAUCACGACUACGAACGAUUUGCAGCACGAGCACCUCCACCGACAGCCGCCUUCAAUCGACGCGGCUUCCCACAUGAACCCUCAAACCAGCAGCGUUUUGGCGUUCCACGGGAAGAAUGUGCCGAGCAUAACAAUCUUGAGCUAUCUGAGCAGAAUCAACAAGUACUGCCCGACGAGCUAUGAGGUCUUUCUGAGCUUGUUGGUCUACUUUGAUCGCAUGACCGAGAGGGUGAAUGCAGGACCCAUGCAGAGCUUGCGUGAGGCGAACUCGCAGAGCGUGGAGAGCCGCAGCUCUUCUACAGAAUCACUGGGACCAGACGGCAUGGAGGGAGUGACAGCGACGACGCCCUCUGGAACGCAACAAGCGACGCCACCUCAUUCGGGCGGAAUGGAAUCUAAGAGUUCACGACGAGAGACAGGCGCGCCAGGAACGCCGCACAGCCGACCGACGCAGCCCGAAUCGCCAUCAAUACCGCCCGAGCCUUCAGGCAUCGAUCCCUACAACCUAUCGCACUUCUUCGUGGUGGACAGCUUUAACAUCCACCGACUUGUGAUUGCGGGCGUGACGUGCGCGAGCAAGUUUUUCUCGGACAUUUUCUACACCAAUUCGAGAUAUGCAAAGGUUGGCGGUCUUCCUCUCCCCGAACUCAACCACCUCGAACUGCAAUUCCUCCUCCUAAACGACUUCCGACUCUCGGUCCCUGUCGAAGAAAUCGAAGCCUAUGGAACAAUGCUUGUGGAAUUCUACGCUCGCGAGGUCGUAGCCCAGAAGCAAGCUGCGGACGCGGCCAUGCAGAUGAGGAGUCUCAGCGAGAGCUCCUCGGAUAGCACGAGCACUGUUCGAGCUGUGGGAUGA